AUGGAAUAUGAGAUAGCCAAAAAAAUGGGUAACUUUAAGCUCGCAUCAUCAAUCCUUGCUGAGAGCUAUACAUCGCGCAAUAGUCGAUGGGCGGAUGAAGUAAGCAAUAUUUUCGCGGGUCUACAGUCUGCUCCCGUUAGUCAGCAGUGUCAGAAGUUAUUUUUUGCACUCCCGCAUCGUAUUCAGACGGAUAUGACUAUUUCCUAUCUCAAUACCGUAUUCACUACCGUUGAAUCCAAAGCAGAUUUCAUACUUCAAUUUCUCACUAACAAAUUAGAAAUGCUUGUGGAAGGCGGUGUUGUUGGAGUCCUGCUAGAGAAUCUCAUUGACCUGCUUAUGGCCGCAGAGCAGAAGCAUUGCCAAGCUUUUAGCAGUCGGAUACAAAAUUGUAAAGUUAUUUCGAGUCCUCCACAAUCACCUGCUAAGGAAGUCACAAGUCUACCUUCCACGCAACCUUGUCCGACGAAUGAAUUUAGCGGAGAUUUCGAAACCGACGAAGGUGAGGAAGGUGAAGUUCUGGAGGAAGCUGAUGAUGAUGAUGAGGAGGAAAUGGAUGACGAAGAUGUUGAUAAUCAGGGUUCAAGGCUGCUAGUCGAGAAGCAGUGUAUUAGUGCACUGAAUUUUCACAGGAUGCGACUAGCUUGCGAAGUUUUUCCCAUGGUCCAUCGCACACGCAAUGGAAUCAAAAUUAGUAGUUCUCAGCUACAUACGCUUGUCGUAAAGUCAUUUCAGUUCCUUCUUACAUUUGCUGCACAAGUUCCUUUUGCGGCGAAUAGUUGCCCGGAAAUCUUCGGCCUCUCGGGGCCUCUUCCAGAACUGUUAAGAAUGGAGCCUGCGAAGUACUUACGGCUUUUUCUCGACAUGGCUUCAGACCUCUUAAAAUGGCCUGUUACAGGACCUUCCUUCCAAAUCCAACAUCACUCGGACAUCUUUGACAUGCUUCGAACGUGCUACCACAUUUAUAAGGACCUGGAGCACGAAGUCCAGCGUCAAAAAGGCGGUAGCGGCAGUGGUGGUGGUGGUGGUGGGAGUGGUGGUGCGGGUGUUAAUAAUAGCAAGAAGCGUACCUCUGCCACGGCCCACAGUCUGUUCACAGUAGCUAAUCAAUUCGUUUGCAUAUUUUGGUCGCUCUUUGUUGAGAAAGGUAUUGCUUGCCUACGAGAAUUCAGCCUUCGGACUUGUGUGCCCUUUUGCACCACAACAGCCGCUUUAUCGAUAGACGGAUGUGAUCUGCCUAUGGAUGAGCAGCUUUCGGAGUCACUUCACUUUCUUCAGUCACUGUGGUCUCUACGACUUCGUUUCAAAGCUCAGGAGAAGAAAUCAAGGUCAAAGUCUUCCAGGAAGGUCAAGUCGGUAUUAGAAGACGCUUUUUCCUCUCUUCAGCCACAAGGUGGUGCUUCUGAUCCCAAAUUUAGCUGUCUUCUUGAGUUAUUGGUUCGUGUUAACCUGAUACUAGCCGGUUUGAAUGAUGUAAAUGCGGAUUUUGAGGAGGUAUUUGAGAAUUCGGCCCUACUAAUCGGUGCUUAUAGCGAAGAUCAGUUCCGAGCAUUGCAAUGCUUAUUAAGCGCGACAAAACUUUGUUUGAAGCCACCAACGCAGGCAAAACAGUUAGCUGCUGAUCGUUUACGACUUGUUCACCGUGUUCUCGAGCUGAAGCUCAAUGAUACUGAAGAAAGUCGGUCGUGGACGAAGCUAUCGAAUCAAACGAUUGUGAUUUCAAUUGCAACGUCAAGGCAUGCUGCUGAAGCUUGUAUGGCCUGUGUUGAGCGGUGGCUGGUGGGGGCUAUUACUGCGCGGUCUUCGGUUGAUGCAGCGUGUCUGGCUUUUGUUUUACAUCAGAAUCCAUUUUGGGCGCGAUUGUCGGAUUUCACAUGUCCAGCUGACUUAAAACUUCCCCUUGACGAGAUCUUGGUAUUUCUCCUCGACCUAAUAAAUGAUGCAACCUUAGUACACCUUCAACCCCUUGCUGUUGAUUCGCUCUCCUCUCUCUUGUGGUAUCUUCCAAUAGAGACACAGGCCUUGGAAAUUCGCAAUCUCUUCCGCCUUCAGGAUUGGUGUUUUGAUCAAAUGAAGUCUGCUCCAUCUGGCAACGUUGCUCUACUUCUCUGCCAUGCUCAAAAUGUGUGCUUUUAUUCUCGCAGAUACCUUCAAUGUAAUUUUAUCUCCUUUUUGGAAAGUGUUCUCAUGUGUUUUGAGUGUGGGUGGUCGGAUCUCUCGGGUCUAGGGUGGUUCCUGCGCUUACUUCGAUGGGCUGUGGCGGAAGUCUGCACCACUCCAGAUCUUCAUAGGUCGGUAGUCACUUGCUUCGUUAAGCGCGCACCAAUUCUUUUUAAGUUCUGGCCGAAAUUUCGGGACACUGCUUGCCGGUACUUGACGCCCAAUCUCCAUCUGCCAACUUUGGAUAUCAAGGACAGGUCAUCUUCUAUUUUGGCUCAAGCAGUUGGUGGGUGUCUGAACGACUCCUUCGCCCUAGAUGGCUUUUAUGUAACAUCCCCAAUCUUAGAAAAUCAAUUUAAUAACUGGAAGGAUUUGGUCAAAUCCUCACUAGUCUAUUUGCCUCCUGAUGCCUCUUUCAUGGUUGAAGAACAGCCCUUUUUGCUGCCCAGUCGAAUCAAUCGGCGGCCCCAGCCAAAUUGCGUUGAUACUGGUUGUGAAUUGUUGGCUUUUUGCCGAUGGAUUGUCAAUACUAGUGUUUUUCUGAAAGAUAGCAUUCCGAUAGAAGAGAUAAGACCGUUUUUUUGUCUUCUGGUAAAUUUUUACUCAACGGAGUGGAGUCGACAUGCUGAUCGAAUGAGGUUUCAAGCAGAGGACUCAAUUUUUUCGCAGUUCUCUGGGAUGAGCGACUUCUUUGCCACUUUUGGCGCUCUCUUGGUAGCCUUAGAGGCCUUUAAACUGACUGAGUUGCUUGACGCAUUUAAAGUUCGUUUACCUGAUUAUCAACAAUCGUGGAUUUAUGAAUGCCUUUCUAAAUUGCUGCUAGCUGAUGAGGAAAUGGGCUGGCUGUGGUGGCCAGUCUUUGAUUGGGUGCUUCGAUUUCAAUGGCAAAGAGCCGUUGAAACGAAGUCUCUUCAAAGCCUAAAGUGUUUCAUUGCCCUGGACGUGAUUUCGAAAGUGCUAGGCUCCGCAAGAAGUUUUCUCGCUAUUGAAGUCGGAAUAUCAACUGCAGUGACAGGGUUGGUUAUUUCUUCCUAUUGCGUCCAACAUAAGCUCCAAAGUAUUGAUGGUUUCUCUUCUUCUAUUGACCGAAUUUGGAAUCAGGCUUUGCUAUGGUUUGAGCAAUUGUCGGCAUCCAACCACGAAGAUUCCCGCUACAGAAACGAAAUGCGUCGUGCUCUUCUCCACGACAGACUCAUUACAUGCCUCUUGGAGAGCUUGCUUAGGUUAGAUGCAUUCAUUAUCGCUGAUCACAUCUACGCACCGUCACGCACUCAGCACCUUGCUCUACUCUGGAGCGUACUUCUCUCACCUACCGUAUUUGGUAAUCCUUUUGUUCCCUGGCGUUACCGUCUGGGUCUCUUUGUUUACCUUGUUUGGCCCAAAAUCUCUAUGGAAAUAGUCUGUUCAACGGAAACGGUACUGCCUCCACCUCUGGUGUUUCUUCUUUCCACUCAUUCAUCGGCUUCUGACAUCCUUCGAUACUACUUCCUCCAUUGGAGCUUGGGUUAUCUUCUCCAUCCAGAAGAUCCACUUCCUGAAGCAUUUCCUCGUGUCAAUACAGUUCCAGUGUUUGGUGAGAAGCAUAUGCAGUUGAUCGAGAAGUUCGUACCUUCACAUCUGCCAGAACCACCAGAUCUAUGGACGCGCCUCUUCUUUCACUUGGUUUCUCCAGGAACGGUUGAAACAUCAUGCCUUCAAGAGGUGGUGGAUUACACGUUAUUGGAUGUGGAACAGCGUUUUGGCCUUGCAAACGUACUGUUUGCACUCCUGCAGAAGGUUCCAGAAAGGAACUGGCCGCAUCACCUUUGUCAGUUGAUACGAAGUCUGUUUGGACACAAAUCGGCGAAUCAGCUGCCUGCGAACGUUGCUGCGCAUUGUAUUGACAUAGAUCUAGAUGAUGAUAAUGUAUCGUCUUCGAUAUCUGAUUCGAACAUUGCUCGUCCCCACUCUUUUGAGUCAAAAGUACAUUUACCAUUGAAUGUUUUUUCUCAUUCCUCUCUACUUUCGAUUACAAUGAAGUGUCUGCAAGAAAUUAUCCCCAAACUGUCAUGGAGAAGCGCCUACGAUACAAGGUGGUUGGCGGAACUCCACCGAUUUUUGCGAAAUGUGCAGUUCUCUCAUUCUGAUAAUGAAACCGUUGUUGAGUUGUUCUGCAUUCUCAUAGAUACUCUAAGGGACGCACUAAAAGCACAGUUAAUUUUGAAGAGGUGGAGUCUUUUCCUUACAACCGUCACUGCAGUGAAUGAUUUUGGUGACGUCCUAUGCACUUACUUUACGGCAGCUGGAGAUGAAAUUUCCCAGAACGAAAUUUGGGAAAAGAUUGCUAGACAAGUUAUUAAGCUAGCCGAGGCGGCGUGGGCCGGUGGCGGAGUCAGAUGGCCUGAAUUCGGAGAAGGUUUUCUGCCUCCUAAUUUGGCCUCCGUCUUCUGUCAGUCAUGUGGGGUUUGGAUUCGGCUCCAUUCCCUUGGAUUGCUGGGUAAUGAGGUACCAGUCAUUCCUCUCGAUGCUUUUUUAACUCAAGGGGAUACAAGCACAGCGUUUCAACCACUCAAGUUUCUUCAAAGUAAAUCGAUUAUAACCUUCCAACAAUUCUUUCCAUCAACCUUUCUGCCUUUACAGAAGACAUUCAAGUCUUUGUGUUGCAUUGAGGGUUUCGUGGCCAUCACUUCGCAUCUACUUCGCCUCAUACUCCUGUUUGUGAGUGACAUUUCCGCCGACCUCGACCACAACGCUUCUCGCAUUGGCUUCUACUUGGUCACCCGCUUAACCCUCCUCUUUAUGGGGCUCUUCGUUGAUCAUCAUGCGAAUACUGAUGAACCAACUUUCUCACUGCUUUCUUCUCCACCCUCUGCGGUAGACGAUGUAGAGCAGACGGCAUCACAACUACUCUCACGGGUCGUCUCUCUCAAGCCAGAUUUUAUUCUUAAUCUAUCGGAAGCUCUUUUGGAAGUAGGCUGUCAUUUUUUGGAGGAUCCAUGCGAAUCAAGUGCGGACUCAAUGUGGGAUCCUCUCGGUGGUUACUAUCCUCGCAUAUCCGUAUGGUUGGCUUUAGCUCGCUUCAUAAGGCUCCUUAUUUCCUCCUCUCCGAAUGCUACACCAACCUCUAAUAGCUACCUCAACUGGCGUCUUAUCAGUGGUAUUGUGGAUUUCAUUGACGCCGAAUAUGAGAGCAAUCGGCUUCAAAACAUUGGAUUCCUAUUAAGUGCUUUACUAGCUAAUAUAAAAGUAGUUGUGGAGACUACCAGUGUCAUCUACGGUGACCAGCUCAUCGAGAUUCUAGAUCAUUUACUUCAAGUGUCUGGAGGAACUCGCUUCUCAAAUUCAAUCUGUCACCUUGACAACAUCUUUGAAGAUAAUGCACUCCUUGAACCUUAUCAGUCGCACUUCAGUCGCCACUGCAAAUGCGAUCGACGGGAUGUUAAUGAGGAACUUCAACGUUUUUUGAAGUCGACCGAUUUUAUGCAUCAUCCACGGUUGCUGAAAUAUCGUGCCACAGGUCUUCGCCAAUUGACAGUACUUCUGCGACCCAGACAUGAAUUCACCGCAGCCCAACUCCAUGAACGCCUAGUCACUGUACCCCACGAUCGCAUUGAGGAGAAACUACGUUUAAUGGAGGCAUAUAGCGUUCGAAGUUGGGUUCCACCGACGGAAACUAAUGGCUAUAGUGAUGUGGUUAAUCAAAAGCGACUUCUCCGCAUGCUCAUUGAUCUAUCAGCAAGUAAAUAUAAGGUGGAAAUUGACUCGGAAACACGCCAUGCAAUGGCGGAAUGCGCUGUCUCGUUGAAGGAUAUCUAUACUGAUGAGAAGAGUGACGUUUACCCAUCUAACAGAGUAAAGGAAUUUAUUCUCAUAGACUUUCCUGACCCUAUGAUUGUGGAACAGUUGGAAUGUGUGAUUUCCAUUGCGAAUUGGAUUGCUUCUCCGAACUCUAUCAUUUCUCGACUUGGCCCUCAGUGCCUCCGUUGUAUUUUUAAUAAUUCCCGGCUGAGAAUGGCUCUCUUUGAUAGCCUCAACAUCUGGGAAGCUGAACACACGGCCGGCAUUUUAACGAAGUUAGCACCAUACGUAUCCGUUGACGAGCUAAACAAGGCACGAAACUCAGUAUCGAGGUCGGCAUUGAAGUUUGCGACCAAAAAUGUAACCGAAGCUGUCCUCCAGGACCUGGAACCUCAGACACUCGUUGACCUUGUGUUAAGCUACCAAGAUAUUCCAGAAACUAUUGUCGUGAAAAUCGCUGAGUGGCUUUUUGAUAGAGCCUUAGUGCUUGAUGAGUGCUUCUUGGCUCUUAAACCUCUUAUUCUUUCGGAGAUAACUAUGGCAAAACGGCUAAUACCCUGGAUGUUUGUCGCAAUUCUUGUGAAUUUGAGGCUCCUAUCCACUUCUUGCACUGGAAAGCACUUGAAACAAACUCUUUCAGGGUUGACGAAAGUGUUAAACUCCCUUCUAGAGGCAUCUCAGCUACCCCAGUUCCUUCUUUCCAUCCUAACUGCACUGCACACCUAUUCGCAAUGGCUCAUUCGUUCGGGGUAUUUAUUUAUUUCACCGACUCAUUGGCUAUGCCUUUUUAGUCCCAACAUACUGCAUGUGCAUUCUGUUUUCAGCAUCACAACAACCUUAGAAUGGGAUUUCGAUUGGCUAUCUGCCUCAAAACUUUCUCUCAAUGCUGGCUCAAAGGAGAAUGCUUGGCUUUUCUUUGAAUUGGCAUGGAUUAAGCGGCCACAAGAACUCCUUUUCAAUAGCAUGGCGCAGAAUCUUUGGAUUGAUCUGUAUCAAGCCCAGAAGGAUCUCGUUGGACUAAAGGCUGCACGUAUCGCAAUGGCUCAAUUUUUUGAUCACUCUGAUGAUGGCGCUGCCCUCGAGGAUCGAUUUCGAUGUGCUAUUAAUGAAUUGAAUGGACAGCGAAGUCUUCUACAGGAGGAGGAGGCGGGACUGAGCGGCCAGAUCAGCAGUGUCGACAUUGAACAAAUCGCCCUGCGUUUCCAUCACCUCGGGGCUGAUAAAGCAUUCGCGCAUCUUGCUGCUGGCCUCCUAUCACAAGGCGAUGAGAACCUACCGGCUUUAACUGAGGCUAAAUAUCGUGUUGCUUGGCGGUCUAGUAGCUGGAAAAUAGGUGGAUCAAUGAUGCCCACCUUUCGAUACAAUGAUCUCCUUGGCAUUGACUUUAAAACUCUUCCGACUCCCAGAGUUCACUCUCCUGCUCAUUCUACGCCAACUCUUCAGCUCGAACCCACCAAAACUGGACUUGAUUUUCAUUUCGAUGUGGGAUCCAAUUUGGAGAAUAUUCGGCGAUUGUGCGCUUCUUGUAUGAGCUGCUGGAAAGAGUCGGAGACAGUACCGCUACCAAACCUUGAGGACGAGAAAUUUGUCUACCUUCUCCAUCAAUCGAUUUACUGCGAAGAUUGGAAUCACGUCGGGAAAUUGGUCAAUGAUCGACGGUGCGAUUUGUUUGCUCAACCACUUGAAAGUGUUCCAGCUUAUUUUCUCCAUAUUAUGACUUUUAGAUCAUCAUUGCUGCAGUUAUUAUCUGAGAAUCUCACCACUUUCCAGUCAUUUGCAUCCGAAGUAAAUAUUUUACAAGCCUGGAGUCAUAUAAGUACUCUUCUACAAUCCAAACCAAAGGCUUCGAGUGCUAGAGCGGCCUCCUCACUUAUUCUUCUCCAAGCCUUCAUCGAAGAAUGCAUUGGCUGGGACGAGACCCAACCCACUUCCUUGCUGGAAGCUUCCUUGCGUCUGUCGAAAUCCCUUUCUGAUUCUGUCGGUGAUGCGUCUCCAUGGUUGUCACUGUUGAAUGUUCACGCUCAGUUACAACUUGCUGAUUUGUAUAUCAAGCAGGAAAACGCUCUUUGUGCUGAACGGAUGCUUAGGACGAUUCCACGAAUUGAAGCUGCUCCGAAAGAGCUGACUCUGAGAAAGAACAUUAGUUUUGCACUUGUUAGAUCAAGGCUGCAGCGCUUAUGUGGAGAGACAUCUCUGUCAUGCGCCAGAUUGACGAGUGUAUUAAAUGAUGCCACGGAGUCUAUUUCCGGCAUGAAGCUCACUCGUGAUACUUCUGCUUGUUUGCUGCUGGAAUCCUACCUUUCAAGCACUGUUUCACUUUGCAAGUGGCUAGCUGAAUGCGGCGCCAUGAGUUUGGCCGAUAUCGUGGUUCAACGGCUCAAACCGGCAGUUGAACUGGUCGAAAAAUCUUGGUCAUCGGAGGUAAAACAGCUUAUAUGCAGCUCGGCGGAUGCCUUGGCUGUUUUGGCAGAAUUUGCGGAUGCUCAGUACCAGGUUUUUGAUAGUUAUCUGCGAUCUACAGAGUUUUCAGCCAGGCGAAGACUUCUUUCUGAUGCAUAUGCAGAUGUUGAUUGCCUCACGGAAGUUGAUAAGAAAAGGUUUGCUCCUAUAAUAACUACAAUUGAUGGUUUGCUUGGAUUCAUUUUCAAGGCGCAGUUUGAAGAGUCUAUUAUAGGUGUGAUCGAUUCCAACCGUAAUGAUCACCAAGAUACUGGCUUCGUAAUCUGUGAGAGUGACAUAGGCACUGCUUUAACUUUAUAUUUCUCAGAAAGCUGUGCGAAUUUUUCAUGCCUUAUUAUUUGCAUGGCCAGUAAAUUCCUCCGACUGCUGCAGCGUCAAUCAAACUUGGAAAGUGUGGAAUUGGCGAAUCUUCUUUCCAGUCUUCAAAACUUCUUCUCCACUGCCAUCCUCGCCUACUGUCAGUGCCUUGCUAGGAGCGAUAACUUCAACUUAAAGAUCUAUCGUCUAGUCUCCCUCUUGCUGAAUGCACUCUCUCAGGUGGAGAAGAAUCUUGAGCGCCCUAGUUGCUACCUCAGUGAGGAUUCCGUGACCGAGAGCCUAUUCACACCUGCCUGGCUAGCCUCUUUGGAGGCCUACCUCAGAGCCAUACGAGUGGAUAAGUUCUUGCCCCUAUUUCCUCAACUCCUCGUCCGACUCACUACUCCCAAUGGGGAGAAUGGGCAGAGCAAGACACACGCAGCGUUUCAUGCUAUGCUUGUCGAGGUGAAUGGGAUUAUUUUAAGUGUCUUCCUCCGACAGGCACCAUGUCAAAUUUUAGCUAUCUUCUAUAUCGCAAAGUUUAUGAUAUCUUUUGUGCUAAAGGUCGAUAAGAGCAGCGCUCGAAUAGCUCUAGCUCGUCAGCUCUUCUCCGAGGUCUGCAGUUUGGACAUAACUCGUAAGAAACUCUUUGUGCAGAUGCAGGCUCUUGCAACAGCCUACAUUGAACUGGCCAAUGUGGAUGUUGAGGACAAACGCAGUGUAAAAGAAGACAUCCCAAUGCCACCAAGUUGCGCACUCUUACGACUCUCUUCUGAAGCAGAACGCUGUCUACAUCUUCUGCCAGUGAUUACAUGCCUUCCGCGAGUGGACUUUUCAGGGAAUUACCAAGACCUUGUUCGAGUGGUAGCUUUUGUUAACACCUAUCGUCUCGCUGGUGGUCUUAAUCUUCCAAAAAUUGUCACUUGUUUUUACAGCAGCGAACCAUAUUUUAGCUACAUUCUCCAACUCCAACUCCUCCAAUUGUCCCAAGUCAUCUUCCAUUUCUACAUCUUAUAUAAAUGCCAUGCGCAUACGGACUUAUAUGGUGCGUCUUUUGCUGUACUGAUUGCAGCUACUCUUUGCUUCCUUGCGGCAAAUACUCGGCCUUGGUGCACUUACUGUACAUUCUUUUUCUUUUCUCAACACGUGCAGGUGGUGCCUCUGGCACAUCGCAGCGGAUUGAUUGAAUGGUGCGAGGGCACUAUUCCUCUUGGCGAGUGGUUAGCUGGUGAGACCUUUGGAGCCCACCAGCGCUAUCAUCCAUCCGACCUUACACCUUCUCAGGCCAAGCUCAAACUGGCCGGUACGCGUGACAAGUCUCUUGAACAUAGGCUGGUCGUCUUUACGGAGAUCUGUUCCAAGAUGCAACCAGUUCUGGGGUACUUCUUUCUGGAAUAUUUUCCCGAGCCGAGUAUGUGGUACACGGCCAAACGGCGCUACACUGCGUCGUUGGCGACCGCCUCGAUUUUAGGCUAUCUGGUGGGCUUAGGCGACCGGCAUCCGCACAAUCUCCUCCUUCAUCCUACCACUGGUGAGGUGGUGCACAUAGAUUUGGGCAUCGCCUUCGAUCAGGGACGUCUUAUGCCAACUCCAGAGGUGGUACCAUUCCGACUGACGCGCGAUCUUGUCCACGCUCUUGGCCCACUGGGCGUGGAGGUGGGUUUCGUGGGCACCGCAGAGUUGGCACUUUGCGCCUUCUCCUCCGGCUCUGAGAUUAUUCUCACCCUCCUUGAGGUGCUGUUACAUGACCCACUCUACUCCUGGUCGCUUUCACCUGCCCAACUGUGCGCGCUGGAGGCGCGACGCGCGGAGAUUGCAGGAUGUACAACUUUUCGCGGGAAUGGUCACAGGGAGAGGCCUACCAUUGCCAACACUAACACUACAGUUCCUGCUGCUACCGCCUCGGGCUCCAUUGUCAAUCCUUGCGGGACUCUAACAGGAAGACAUCGAGAUUCGGUGAACCAAUUGGCUGAGCGAGUGCUACUGACAGUGCGAGAUAAGUUGGCUGGUCGCGUGGGGGGCAUUGGGAGCAGUGGUUUGACCGCAGGGACCCAGGCGGAGGGCGCUCUUGGUACGCUUAGGCCUGCUGGACACGUUGCCCUGCUUGUGCGCACCGCCACAGAUCCACAAAACCUCGGACGCAUGUAUUUCGGGUGGCAGGCUUAUCUUUGA